GCAUCGGGCGGGAAGCGGCCGCGGCGGGGCCGGGCCGGGCCGGGCCGGGAUGUCGCGGGGCCGGGAGCGCGUGGUGGCCCUGGUGGACAUGGACUGCUUCUUCAUGCAGGUGGAGCAGCGCCUCGACCCGCAGCUGCGCGGCCGGCCCUGCGCCGUGGUGCAGUACACCCGGUGGCAGGGCGGAGGGGUGAUCGCGGUGAGCUACGAGGCGCGCGCCUUCGGCGUGUCCCGCGGGAUGUGGGCGGCGGAGGCGCGGGCGCUGUGCCCGGAGCUGGCGCUGGCGCGGGUGCCCCAGGCGCGGGGCAAGGCCGACCUCACCCGGUACCGGGAGGCCAGCACGGAGGUGAUGCAGGUGCUGUCGCGCUUCGCCGCCAUCGAGCGGGCCAGCAUCGACGAGGCGUACCUGGACCUGACGGGCAGCGUGCGGGAGCGGCUGCGGGCCCUGCGGGGGAGUCCCCUGGAGGCCGCCCUGCUGCCCACCACCUUCGUGCAGGGGCUGCCCGGCCAGCCCGAGCCCGGCCCCCCGUCCGGCGGGAAGGAGGAGCUGCGGCAACGUGGCGUUCAGGAGUGGCUGGCCUCUCUGUCUUUUGAUAAUCCUGACUGUCCUGACCUGCAGCUGACCAUGGGUGCAGUCAUUGUGGAAGAAAUAAGGGUGGCUGUUGAGACAGCCACCGGGUUCAGGUGUUCAGCUGGGAUUUCACACAACAAGACACUGGCAAAACUGGCCUGUGGGUUAAACAAGCCCAACCGGCAGACACUGGUAUCUUCGCGAUUUGUUCCGCAGCUCUUCAGCCAACUGCCUGUUAGCAGCAUUCGUAACCUGGGAGGCAAGCUUGGCACUGCCAUCAUGGACAUCCUGGGAGUGGAGUACAUUGGGCAGCUGACACAGUUCAGUGAGACAGAGCUCCAGACUCACUUUGGCGACAAAACCGGGUCCUGGCUUUAUGACUUGUGCAGAGGAAUUGAAGAGGAACCUGUCAAAAACCGGUACCUGCCCCAGUCCAUUGGCUGCAGCAAGAACUUCCCUGGGAGGACAGCCCUAGCCACGCAGAAGGAGGUGCAACACUGGCUCCUGCAGCUGGCCUUGGAGCUGGAAUCCAGACUGAGCAAGGACAGGAGCCAGAACCACCGAGUGGCCAGGCAGCUGAUGGUGGUCAUCCACAUGCAGGGAGACACCCGGGUGUCGCGCUUUUGCGCUCUGACCCGCUAUGACGCUCAGAAGAUGUGCAGUGAUGCCUUCGCCCUCAUCCAGAGCUGCAACAUGGCUGGGGCACACCAGGCGGCCUGGUCUCCACCACUCGUAUCAGUGCUUCUCUCAGCAAGCAAGUUCUCGGAGCCUGCCACCCUCUCUGCAGGCAUUGCCACCUUCCUGACGAGCAAUACCCAGCCUGAUGGAACUGCCACCAACAGCCAAAACACCACAUCUUCUAGGAGGCCCAGGGUCAAAUUCUUCAGGAGCCCAAGCAAAGAACUUAGGCAGAAGCCAGCUAAUGCUAUUGAUUCGUUCUUCCAAAAGGCAUCAGAAAGGCAGCAGUCACAGACAGCAGAAGCAGCCAGCCUGCCUGCUGCCACCUCUGCAGAGUCACCUGGUCCCAGCUCCCCAGAGCACCAAGAGAGUGAUGGCGUUGGACUUGCCUCUCUGCAGUGUGACCUGGAGUCUCCCGUGAAGCAGAGUCCCAGAGAUAGGAGUCCUGAUUCUCCUUACAAGAGCCUUCUCCGUGAGAAGUGUCUCUCUGAUCCUACAGAAACACCCUUGACCCCACCUAGCUCUAGGACCCUUAUGAAAUUAGAUCCAGCUAUGGAGGGGAAUGAGCAGAAUUUGCCACCUUCUCCUGAGCUCGCCCCACUCCUGCCCACCUCACCAGGGAACCAUCAGCCCUGCGAGAAGUGCGGCCAGCUCGUACUGGUGUGGGAGUUCCCAGAGCACAUGGACUACCACUUUGCUCUGGAGCUGCAAAGCUCUUUCCUGGAGCCCAGUGCUCCUACAGCUCCAGCAGCAAAGGCUGCAGCUUCCAGGUCUCCUGCCUUGGCAAAGAACAAGCCCAAGACUCCAGUGGGAUCUAGUGCAAAACGACCCAGAGAGGGUGUGACAAGAACUUUAGAUUUUUUCUUCAAGCGCUUACCUCCUUAGCUCCCAACUCUGGGAGUUUUUAGAUAAUCAGUGGUUUUAGAUAAUCAGUAUUUUUAGAUAAUAAUUGUUUUUAGAUAAUCAGUGUUUUUAGAUAUGAUUACAAGUUUUUAUACUGCCUGUCAGGUUUUAAUGCAGAAAAAUCUAAUAAAUUAUCUCUACUUCAA